AAAAGGAAUUCCAUAAAAUGACAUCUCGGGACAGGACACUUGAGUUCAGCAAUGCGAUCAGAUCGUUGGCGAGUCGACAAGUGGUGCGAGCCGUGGCAGCUCGUGAUCCUCGCAAAGCCAAGCACAUUCAGAGCUAUGGCGAGUUCAUGGUCAUUGCCCGCACCAUCGGAAAGAACAUCACAAGUACUUACACCAAGCUGGAGAAACUCACACUACUGGCAAAACGGAAAUCUUUAUUCAACGACCGGCCGGCGGAAAUACAGGAAUUGACAUACAUAAUCAAAGAGGACCUGAACAGUCUGAACCAACAGAUAGCUAGACUCCAGGAGGUGUCGAAGGCUCAGAGACAGUCGGUGGCCACCGGUACCAGACAACACUUGCUCUCUCACUCCUCCAGUGUUGUGCUCGCCCUCCAGUCCAAGCUGGCAAACAUGAGCAAUGAGUUUAAACUGGUGCUGGAGGUCAGGACCGAGAACCUGAAGUUGGCCAAGAGUCGGAGAGAACAGUUCUCACAAGGUGCUGUGUCCCCCUCCCUCCCCCCGUCAGCCAUGUCAGGACACCACCAUGGCUCCGUUCUGCUUGCUGAUGAGCAAGUCAGUAUAGAUCUGUCCCAACCACGAACCCACCAGCAUAUCAUGCAGUCUCAGGCACUCAUCUACGAUGAAACGGACCAGUAUUUAUCAAGUAGAGCAGAGACGAUGCAGAAUAUUGAAUCCACGAUUGUGGAGCUCGGUGGUAUCUUUCAGCAGCUUGCACAUAUGGUCAAGGAACAGGAGGAAAUGGUUGAGAGAAUCGACGCGAACGUUGCAGACGCAGAACUCAAUGUGGAAGCUGCUCACAAUGAAAUUGUCAAGUAUUUCCAGUCAGUAACAAACAACCGGUGGUUAAUGAUUAAAGUUUUUGCUGUUCUGAUAUUCUUCUUCAUCUUUUUUGUUGUCUUUUUGGCGUAGCCCUUGCCCCAUCCUCUUUGGACAUUCCGGUUUUUGGUAACUAUACAGUGUACAAUUUUCCAAAUGUAAUAUAGACCAAUAUGAACUGUUUUAUAAUACUUGUUAAUAUUUAUAUAAAGUUACUAUAAAUAUAUUAAAUAAAAUGUAAGUAAAUUUUAUUCUUCCAUGUA